AUGCAUUCUGGGAUAUUCAAAAUGGCGGCGAGGACCGGCAUCAGAGCACUGCGACUUUUGAGACCUUUCAAAUCGACCACUUCUCAACCAUACAGCAGUCUGAGGUACGAUCCACUUCCCUAGCAUUCAAUUAAAAUAUCCAGCACUCUCUAAUCAUGUAAGUGACUUUUUUAAUUUCCAGAUGUACAUGGUGUGUUUCUCUUCAAAGAUGGCGGUUCAGUGGAUGCACACGUUACGAUUCCACCCUUGCACAGCCUCGGCCAGACGAUGCUGUCAAGGAGUACCCAGACAAAAUCAAGUCUAUUGUAGAUGAAAUAUCAAAACUUACACUUAUAGAAGUCGCUGACUUGAAUGAGCUACUCAAGGUGAUGAUAAUUUAUGUAAAUAAUUCGUAAGAUUUGCGUAUAACCCCACACAUUAAUUAUGCAUACAGUCUUCGACUUUAUUCAUAUCAACUAUUUGUGAGAAAAAGUAUGAAAUUGUUGCAUACAUAAUAAAUGUAUGGAGUUAUAUGGAAAUCUUACCAAAUAAUCUCAAAUUUUGUAAGAACAAUCUUUAAGUGAUUUUUAAAUAACCUUAAAUGCCUUUAAAAUCUGUCAAAAAGUAUUUAGAAAACCUUAAGUGUGCUUACAUAUCAACAAAUGUAACGUAGGGUGGUUAUUAUUAUAAAAAGCCUUUUCAUAUCAAGGCAUCCAUGGUGAAACCUAGUCACCUAGCCACGUUCAGUGUAAAACGCACACUGCAGACUAUUGUUUUCACCGUGCAAAUGAGAACAUCAUAGUAAUAGUCCCAUUGCUUUUUAACCCUGAAAACGAUAGUCCACAGUCAGUCUGCAGUCUGCCCCAAAAUUAACCAGUUUUUCUCUCAGGUACAGUGUAGCUGAAAAUUUUGAAUCCAUGAGUUUUGCUAUGGUUCUAUAGGGCUUAUGGCCCUGUCCGAGUUUUCUUGUUUGUAAUGAAUGGAACCUGUGAAUCUUCAGUGUGUUUCUGAACCUUACAACAAAUAGACUGGUUAUUACACUGUACCAUUUCUUGAGCAAAAUUCUCAGCCAAAGAUUAUAGUUUUGGGUUCUUUUAAAGGUCUUUAAAAACUGAUCAUAUCUUUAAGAUGUUUGCAGCUUAAAUUGCAACCCUCCAAUGGGCAACUAUGUCCUGCAAUUUGGUUGUCACUACAGUAAUAGCCCGCGUAUAAGAACCUGAAUUUUUCAAUUUAGCCUAAAUAGGUUCUUAUAUAAAUGGUACUUAAAACAAAUUUAGGCUACCGAGGUUCUUAAAAUAGGUUCUUAUAUUUUCAUAUGAAUUUCAUCUGAAUAUACUAUAUAUAUUAUAAAUAUAAUCUCAUAAUACAGUAUAAAUCAUUUAUUUGUACCAUAGAGCAAUGGCUAUAGGCAGUUCAGUACAGGUACAGCAUAUGUCCUUAACAAAACAUAACAAAGAAACUCAUGUUGAUACCAAAUUCAUAACAAGCUCAAGCAAUGAGGAGAAAUGAAAAACAAAAUAGAUGAUGAUCUUAAUUCAGCAGUUUCUACCUAUACACUUUUACAGCAACCCCACUGAUAAGAACCUAACUUAAAAUUUUAGCCUAAAUAGGUUCUUAUAUGGAGGGGGCUUAAAAUGAAAAUUUUAGCCUAACAGGUUCUUAAAACCCAGGUUCUUAUACGCGGGCUAUUACUGUAUUACAAUCUGGUCAUUUCUGAUGACUUGAAGACUGUAAACUUUGCAUCCUGCAAACACAAUUGGUUCUAUUCUAUUCAAGUGCAUAAAAUUUGUGAGCAUACACACAUAAAAGUUAUGCGGCAGGGGAAAUCCAACUUUAGACCCUGAGUACGUUUCUAUGGGACUGAACAUAAUCUACUAUAAGGGCUGUGCUCUAGCAGCGGCCAGUGGGCCCUGGCACCUUACUUUUGCUCUUGGGCAAUUAGGAUAUCUUAGUUUUCUCAUAGAAAUCCUGUGCUGGGAAAUUCUGGAUUACACAGGCUCAGAGAAUAGGGCUCCCUUCAAUUUUUCUUCAAACACAGGCUUGCAAAGCUUCACCAACUGUCCUAACCCAUGUCAAAAUAGAAUCAAGCUCAUUCUUGGAGAUAAAUCAUUCCAAGUAGCAGCCCCUAGAUUAUGGAAUACAUUACCCUCUGAAAUAAGAGCAAUUAGCCUGGCUUAUGGUCUUUUCAAAGGAGCAAGUUUAGAUGUAAUUGUUCAGGAAAGCAUUUGCUUGUAACACCUAGUGCCUCUGAUAGCAUGAUUACUUGUGUAUUUUAGUGUUAGAUUUAGUUUUUUAUUGCAAUUUUAUAUGUUUCUUUUCAGUUUUUUAGGUUUUUGAAUUUAUUUUGGGAUUGUGUUGUAUAACUUUGCUUGUUUAUUUUAUAGUUUGUACACAGAUAGGUUAGAUACUAUAACACGGUUUGUGCGGAUUAGUUACUUCAGAUGAUAAAGUAAGAUAAUGUAAGACAAAGAAGAGUAAUUAAACUGCGCGAAUGACACGAUACCAGAAUUUGUUUCUGUUGAACUGUUUAAGGUCCAAGAAUAUGCUAAAACAAAGUAAGUUGUGAAAAUUUUCAAACAUGACAGCUAAACCCAAGGUCAUGGAAACUUAAAAAGGUCAUUGAAAAAGUCUUGAAAAGUCAUGGAAUUUGAAGAACUCAAAAGAGUAUGAACCCUGUAUAAGUGUAAGUGCGCAUUUGAUCAUAUUCAUAUGCUAAUUUGUGCCUCAUAAGUAAUAAUUUAUUACUGUUAUUGUUACUACUAUUUUUCUUCACAUUAGACAACAUUAAAAAUUGAAGCUGCACCAAUGAUGCCAAUGAUGGGUGCAAUGCCUAUGUCUCCAGCUGCUGCUCCGGUGAGCCACUGUUUUUAUUUGUUGCUAGGCAGUCUACAGAGAUGCAGUCAUUUUAAGAAAAUGGCAUAAGUUAUUUGGAAUAAGUGGUUCCCGAACAGAGAAUGCCAAAUGCGAAAAAUGCCAUCCACAACAAGACUUGGGCACAGUCAAACCCUGUCAUAGAAAGAGUCUGUUGUAAUGGGGUGUCCAUAUUAAGCAGCUCAUGUUAUUUUAGUCAAAAAUACACCUGUAUUUGAACAAAAUACUAAAGAAAUAAAGCAGGACAUAAGCAUUGGUAGAAGGGACCUGGAUCCGCACGGGCAGUUAUGGGUGGUUUAGGGGCGAAUGGGUUAAAGGUUUUGAUUAAAUAUGUGCCCACUUUACUAAACAAAUAAUGGCUUUAUUUUUUAGGAAACAGAAGCAGAACCAGCAAAAGCAGAACCAACAGAGUUUACAGUCAAAUUGACACAGUUUGAUGCUGCAAGCAAAGUCAAGCUUAUCAAAGAGAUCAAAAAUCUUGUUCAGGGUCUUAACUUGGUCCAAGUAAGUUUUUUUACAAGUACAGCAAACACUGUUAUUGCAGUUUCCUCAUCCUCAUCAUACUUUUUCCAUGGAAAUUCUUUUCCCAUGCAUGCUGGAAUCAAAAACCCUGAGAUUACUCAUUUUUAGUUGGUUUUUGGUAAGUAUCAGCAUAGAAAUACAAAAAUAAUUUUAUAACUAUUGCAAUACAAAUUUUGCCUUUGAAGUAUGAUGCCCAUAAAGGAGUUCUCUCAUAGCAGUUUAUUAGUGAAAUGGAUAUUUUUCCUACCCUGUAAAUGUCUAUUUCAAAAGGAAGUGAAAAUUAUGCAAACGAUUCACAAGAGAGAAGAAGUUUCUCUUCCACUUAAUUUAUUGCAGAGUGUUAUACAUCUGUAUUCAUCAUAAAAAUAAUGAGGUGGCUGUGAGGUGUAAAUGUAAAUGUCAAAUUCAAAAGGAAGUGAAAAUUAUGCAAACAAUAUUCACAAGAGAGAAGAAGUUUCUAUUCCACAUAAUUUAUUGCGGAGUGUUAUAUACAUCUGUAUUCAUCGUAAAAAUAAUGAGAUGGCCGUGAGGUGGCUUUCUACCGUACUUUAUUUUAAGGAGUUAUGUCCUGGUUUCUUUGGACCUGUUAUUUAAAUGGAGUUUAGCUAAAGUUUAACUAAACCGCAUUCUAAGCCAUUUUCACUUUGCCCAAUGCAUGACAUCCCUAUUUACCAAGAAAACAUGUUCACCAGAAACAUUGAGGAACUUCAGUGUUAUUCUCUGAAAUCAAUGUUUACUCAAUAUUUAAUCUGGAAAAAAACCCUUCCAAUUAAAUUUCUUGCACCUGUAGACAUUCCGGCUGCUAAAGAUAAACAUCCUAUUGUUUCUUGCUAAAAUUUAAGUAUUAAUUAAGGGAGGUCUAAAGAUGAAAUUUUUUUUAUGCCAAUUUUGUUAACAAUCUGUCAAUAAAUUUUAGGCUAAGAAAUUUGUGGAAGAACUUCCUCAAAAUGUGAAGGAGAAAGCAAGCAAAGAGGAAGCUGAAGAAAUCAAGAAGGUUUUGGAGUCAGCUGGAGGAACUGUGGAAAUUGAAGUUUGAUGAAUUGUAUAGUUAAAUAAAUUUGUUAUUAAAAUUUAGUUCAGA